AUGAAUAAAUCAUCUGAUGCAAAACCUUAUAGUAAUAAAAUAAAAAAUAAAUUCCAGGCAUUUUUUUACAAAAAUAAAUAUUCUAAUAUCAAAACUGGAAAUAACAAUGUCCAAAAUGGAAAUGAAAAUCUUGGAAAUGAAGCUUCAGAAAAUCGAAAUAAUACUAUUGAAAGUGAAAAUGGAGUAAAUGAUAAUUUUAAUGCUAUUUUUAAUCAAGACAAUAAUAAUUUUUUUUACAAAAAAAAAAAUGCUGUAUCAAACCAAGUAAAUAAUACAAAAAAUAUGGAUAACAAUAAAAAAAUAGGAAAUAACGAUACGAAUAAUUUUGAUGGAAAUACAAAUGUUAUGGGCUAUAACGAUCAAAUAUAUCAUUAUGAUAAAAAAAAAGAAACAAAUAGAGCAAACGAAAUGGCAAAAUAUUGCUUAGAUUUGAAUAAUAAUGAUAACAAACCAACUAUUGAGCAUAUAAACAAUCAACCAAUUAUUCAGGAUAGCAAUCAUAAUAGAGUAGUUGUUUCAAAUACUAGUAAUAAAACUCCAUAUAAUAAUAAUAAUAUAAGCCAUCGAAAUGAAUUAAAAAAUAACCAUUAUGCAGAUUAUUUUAAUUAUAUGCAUGAUUCUACAAAUAAUCAAAAUGGAGCAGAUAAUGGUGAUGCAAAUAGAACUUAUGAAAAUUAUGUCAAUUAUAAUCCAUCCAAAAAUGUUAAUAAAUAUUUUGACAUAAAUGAUAAUUCGGCAUGUGCUAAUAUUUCUGGACAAAAAAAAAUUAACUAUUAUAACACAAUCAAUGAUUCUAUAGAAGCUUCAAAUAGAAAUUUAGUAAAUAGACCUGCUGUUUUAUAUGCAGAUAUUAAUGAAAAAAUAGUUAAUACAAAUAGUGGCGAAAAUAAUUCAAAUAACCAUCAUAAAAAUUUGCAAACUAAUGAUAAAAAGAAUGGAAUGUUACAUAUUGUAAAUGACAAUGUUAGACAAAAUAAUGAUCAAACAAAUGGAAAUAGAUGCCUUAAUAGUCAUUUAAAUAAUCGAAGAAAUAAAAAUGGAAUUAAUGGAAAUGUUCAUGAAAAUUAUCGCCACAAUGAAAUUGAAUGUAAUUUAGAUAAUAUGAAUAAUAUUGAUGACGAUACUUUAAAUCCACCAAAUGGAAGGGGAAUUCAUAAUGAAUCAAAUAAUAACACACAUUCCCAUGGAAAUAACAUGCAUAAUAAUCGAAGUAUAAGUAUAUGUAGUAGUAGCCAUAACAGUAUAUAUAAUGUGAACAAUAUAACUAAUAACAAUACAUAUAAAACAAAUGAUUUGGUUAAAAAUCAUUUAUCAAAAGAAGAUGAAAAUAAUAGAAGAAAAAAUACUAGUUCGUAUAAUAUAGAAAAUGUAAAUAAUAGUAAAGUUUUAAAUAAUCAGAAUGGAAAUGCAUAUAACAUUGCAUAUAUGUUUAUAUAUCAAUACUAUUAUGUGUUACAUACUAAGAAAGAAAUGAUGUAUAAUUUUUAUUCAGAAAAUGCAAUACUUUUAUUAAGUUAUAAUAAUAAAAAUAUUGAAGAAGAAGUAGAAGAUGCGUCACGAAAUGGUAAACAAAAUAAUAAGCAAAAUAUAAAAGCUGAUAAUAAUACAUUUUUUAAAUUAGAUGAUAUAAAUAUUGAGGGAAGUCAAAAAAAUGAAAAUAUGAUAAAAUUAAAAAAUAGGCAAAUGAUAUCAGAGUAUUACAAAUAUAUAGACGUAAAUGAAUGUAUUGUUCACAUACAAUCGAUUGAAGUUAUUAAUUUACAUGAUGAAAUAUAUAUGUAUAUUUAUGGUAAAAUUAACAAAAGUAAAACUUCAAAGGUUUAUCAUUUUUUUGUACAAAAUAUUCAUUUACACAAAUAUAAUGCUUAUCAAUAUUAUGUAGAUGUAGAUUUUAUACACUAUUACAAUACAUAUGUAUAUGCAUUUGAUGGCGAUUUUAUUGAAUGGAAUACUGACUCUCAAAUAGCAACUUAUAAUGAAAUAAAUAACGAAGAAAAAGAAAAAAAAACAAAAGGAAUACAUAAUGUAAAUGGAACUCCUCUUAUUAUCUCUAAAGACGAUUCUUUAAAUAAUCAGAAUAGACAAAAUUAUAAUAAAGGAAAUAAAGAUCCACUAUUAUUUCAAGGAAUUGAAAAAAAUGAGCAAAACAAAGAAUAUGGUUCAGAGAAUUUUUACGAAAAUUGUGAAGAAGAUGCAGAAAACAAUAAUAAUAGUAGUGCUAGUAGCAAUAAUGAUUUUUAUAUGAAUAAAUUAACUAAUGAAAAAAAAAAAAAAAAAAAAAAAAAAAAAAAAAUAACCCAAGAUAAUGAAAUUAUUGGAGAUAACAUAACAUCUAUAGGAGAUGAACAAAAAAAAUUAUUUACUGAAAAUAAUAUUAAUAAAAAUAUUGAAAAAGGAGAGAAAAAAAAUAGUAAUAAUACUUGUCUUGUCACAGUACAACAACAAAAUGGUGAUGAUAUUUUGUUAACAAAUGAAACGAAAUACGCAAGCAAUCAAUGCCUAACUAAUACAAAAGAUAAAAACAAUAUUAAUGGAAAGCUGAGGAGUUAUAGUAGUGAAAUAGGACAAGAACAUGACGGGAAAAUGGGCACAAAACACAUGAACAAUCCUAAUUCUAUAGUUGGAGGAAAUAAAUUAGAAAAUAAUAAAAAAUCUCAAAAAAACGAACAGAAAGUAUGGAAUGUAGAAAAAUGUGUUGAUAAAUUUCCGAAAAUGGAAAACAUUUUAAAAGAAGAAGAAAAAAAAAAAAAUGAAAAAAAAAAAGGAAAAAAUAAUAAAGUUGAUCCAAAUAGUUGGGUAUUCAGAGUUAUGAAAAAUAAUCAACCAGAUCCAACACCCAAUAACAAUGAAUUAAACGAAAAAUCAGUGAAUAAUAACAAUAAUAAUAAUAAAGAAAACGAAGCUGGAAAAAUGAAAGGAAAAAAAAACCCAGAAAAUAAUAAAAAUAUUGAAUAUAAUAAUAAUAUUGUAACUGAUAAUAAUGAAAGUGAUGGAAACAUAUCUGCUAGCGAUGAAGACGAAAAGGAUACAAAUGAAGAAAUAAAUGUAGUUGAUAAAAAAAUAAUAAUUCAUAAUAUUCACAAAAAUAUGGAUAAAAAAAAAAUAAACGAUUGUAUUAUAGAUAGAUUGAAAAACUAUAAUGAUGGGCAUGCUGUACAAAUAGAUAUAUAUCAAAGAUCAGCAAAAAAAAUAUUCCCUAAUACAUAUAAUUAUCAAAAUAACUAUGAUAAAUUUUCAGAGUAUUUUUAUGCCAUAGCUGAGUUAGAUUGUAGACAAAGUCAACAAAUUUUACUAGAUGUGGGGUUAUAUUGUAAUGGGAUCAAAUUAAAUAUCGAACAUUUUAGAGAGAAAAAAAAAACAGAUAUAAAAAAAUUCAAUAAAAAGUUUAACACUUUUAAUAAUAAUAUAAUAGAUUUAAACAAAGGAAAAGAUUACAAAUUUAAAGGUAUGCAUUAUCGAGGAACAAUGCCAACUCCUAUAACAAAGCCUACUCCUUUUAAAGGAAAACGAGAAAAUAUUUUUGUAAAAUAA